AUGACUGUUCCACUCACGCCAAAGGGCCAACAACUGCUCGGCGUCCUGUGGAUGGAGGUCGCCCUUUCGUUUCUGUUUAUUAGUCUUCGAUUUUAUACACGGAAAUAUGUCGGCGGCGCUGUGGGUAUGGAUGAUUAUCUUCUGAUACUCAGCUGGGUUUUGAUGAUGGCUUUUGCAGCAUGUACUUCACGCUCAGUAUCAUACGGCAUGGGAACACAUGCAUCUCAACUGACUAUCGACAAUAACUCCAAUGGCAUAUUAUGGCUCUUGAUCGGCCAGUUCCUCAUUGCAGUCGCGAUGGGAGUAAGCAAGUGCGCUGUUGCGGUAUUCUUGAUUCGUAUUGUAAUCAAAACAUGGCAUAAAAUGUUACUGUAUUUUUGGAUUGUGACUAUUCUGGCAUUGAGUUUCUUGCUGGCAAUUGCUGUAUUUGCGCAAUGCACUCCAGUCCAGUCUAUUUGGGAUACCAGAAUUGAGGGUACCUGCACACUCAGUUUGACAAUCAUAGCGAAGAUUAUGUGCUCUUGGUCUGCAGCAAUGGACUUCUUUCUCGCAGCAUUCCCUUGGGCUAUUAUCUGGGGUCUCAAUAUGAAAAGAAAAGAAAAGAUUACAAUCUGUGUUUCUUUAAGUUUGGGAGUCAUUGCUGGUAUAUGCGGUGUAGUCCGCACUACGACUCUGGACGCUCUUGGCGAGACUGAUGACUAUUUAUAUGCUGUCAGUGACUCUGUCAUGUGGACCAUGUCCGAACUGACAGCCACUCUCAUCUGUGUCUCCAUCCCCGCACUUCGACCACUCUACAACAGAUUAACAGGAGGAAAUUCGACCGGCGGACCUUACCAAAACUACGGCUACGAGAACCAAAAGAGUGCCGCAACUGCUGGUGGCGAGUACGGCCUAAAGCCAAUGAAUCGAGGAAAUAAAGAUCGAACCCAUUAUGAUGUAGAAGUGACGCGAGGAGGAGCUGAUACCGAUACCGAUAGCGAUACUUGCAUUGUCUCAGAGCCACCGCAAAUUCCGAAAAAUGGAGGCAUUCAACGUCACCAUGAAGUUACAGUUAGUUAUGAAGAAGGAUUCAGCGCGACUAGUAGUAAACAACAUGUCUAA